UGCCAUCAUAUUUCAUAUUUACCGGCUCACAUCAAACUACCACACCUCUGACUCUCACUGACUUUCUUCCAUAUAAAAGUGGCUCCAUUUCAGUGUUUUCUAAACACAUUGAACUGUUUUUCGUUAGAAAGGCUUCCAAGUGAGACUGUGAAAUAAAAAUGGCAUUUUUCAAAGCUGCUUCCGAAGUUUUGGCCAUCUAUACUUUUGUCUUUGCCAUUUUUUCACCUGCUGUUCUUGAAGCACAAUCCCUUGCACCUGCUCCUGCUCCAACCAGUGAUGGUACUUCAAUAGACCAAGGGAUUGCAUACGUGUUGAUGCUUGUGGCACUGGUGCUGACGUACCUCAUCCACCCCUUUGAUGCUUCUUCCCAUCAAUUCUGAUGCUGCUUUAUCAUAGAAUUUGAACAUAGUAGGGGCUCAGCUUCAAUUUAUUUCAUGGAAAAGGACAUUAUAAUUUAUAACGAGUGUUUUAAAAUAUCUUCUAUUUCCUUUUUUCUUUUGUUCUCUUCUAAUCCCCCAAAAUUUUACAUUAUGUUACCUCUUUCAUUGUUACUUGAUGGUGGAUGAUUGCUAGAGGAGGAAAUAGUGUAUUCAGUUUGAUUAUUAUUAUCAUUAUCAUUACACCUUAAUGGUAAUUUAUUAUUCUUCUAAAUGCAUUGUAUUACGUAAAAUUUAUGUUAUCAA